UUCGUUCUCAUUGUUUGUUUGUUGUUAGUGAUCCUGGAAAUUUGCCCAUCAAUUUCGUACUAUGAUGUAGUUCUUGCUUCAAAAAUAUAUCGAAAUGAUUCAUUUUAAUCACGUUAUAAAUGCAAACAACGCAACACGUUUAGAAGUAAUGUAGUAUGUUGCUAAAAUGUAUGCAAAUGGCUUUAAGUACUGGCUUGCUUACAAGAAAGGCACAUCAGGUUACUACCGAUGUUGCCGCUACAAAACAAGUUGUCCCGGUCGAUGUGUAGUGGACGAAGAUGGUGUUAUUCGGAACACUACAGCCCAUAACCAUCCUCCCGAAGCGGAUCGGGUUAUAGUGGAUCGGUUCAGGAAAGUAUUAACUCAGCGCGCUGCUCUCGAAAAUACUGAUUUACAUGUGAUAUACCUGGAGGAAGCUACGAACCGUCAUUCAGAUGCUUCUUUAUUGUACACUUUCUCGCAAGCCGAAUCUUGCAUGAGAAAAGCUCGUCGCAAGCAGCAUCCACAAGAGCCUUGCAGUAUCAACGAGUUGAGAGAAACUCUCGAAAGUUCAGACCUGUUCCGAAUUCACACUGGGAGUAAUCGAGACGAGUUUUAUCAGACAACAAUCGUUCUCGAAGACACAACUUGUUUGAUUCUCUGGCACAACAGAACAAUUGAAACUAUUGGCAUAAUCGAUGAGUUGUAUGUUGAAUGUAAUCUAGAAGUAGCUUCCCAUUCCGCAGCCAGAUAUGAUUUAUUGGUAGGAUUAGCUAUAAAUCGAAAUCACUGUUGUACAGUAUUCUAUUCGAUAAUGACGGCCAAAAGUGAGUCUGGGUUUGCUGCAAUAUUCGCAUACGUGAAGGAACAUUUGGGAUCAUUUAUUUCGCCAACUACGAUUCUAACGGAGGCGGACGAGGAAACACACAAUGCCUUGGAAAAAACCUUUCCAGAAGCAACAAUUAAAGUGUACUGGCAUCAUUACACUACCGCCGUCCUUAAUCGAAUGCGACAGCUGGGUUUGGGCCGCGAAACUGCUAGAGGGCAUGCGAGCAGUGGGCUGAGGAUGUUACUAGUUUUGCCACUGCUUCCUGCCAAUUACAUGACCCCCGGACUGGAGGCUUUGAAAAAGUGGAUGAACGAGAAAAAUAUAUUCUCUCAUAACUUCUGCCGUUUAUGUGACUACGUGGAACGAUCCUGGUUAGGUGAAUUUGGUGCAAAAAAGCUUUCCAUGUUCGGACAACCGCACAGUGUAUCUUGCCAAAUAAAAACAUUUCUUAAGGAUUUUAAAGGACAAGCAGAUCUACAGCAAACCAUGACGAUCUGGCGAAUGUUGGAAACAUUAACCCAAAUAGUAACCAAACAGUUUGUGAAACUUAGCAAACGGAAUAAGCGAGCCCCUGGUGUAGAACGACAACCCAAACCGAAACGAAAGGUACAACAGGUUCAGGAAACUGUUAUGAACAAUGCAACGCAACUGUGGAUUAAGACGGCAGUACAUUUGCGGAAUCCGUUGCAGUUUCUCCAGUUAUGUAGUCAUUGUAUCAAUGACGCUAUGAUCACGGAAUCAUUACCGGUACCGGAGAGCAAUGGAAUAGCAAAAAAAGUGCCUUCGCCAAACGUGGAAACAACUUCGAUUGGGGAUUUUCUGUGUAGCUUUGACGCACCUAUUCUAAUCCCGGAGCUGACACAGGCCACUACCAUAUCGGCAAGCGAUCCGCCUCCGUUAGCAUUUUUCCCAAAAGUUAUUGUGAAACGAAGUGAAGUUAAUUGUAGUACAUCGCAAAUCUGUUACAGCCUGACAGAACCUCCACCACUUGUUCCAUUCUGUUCCGGUUUCGAGGAUCGAGUUCUUCCUAGCGAAGAUAUACAAUUACCACCAGAUUGAUUCAUAUUGUAAAUUUCGAGAAUAGCAUAAUGAAUAAAAUUAUUUUUAAGAAAUCAA